CACUUGGAUCUCUGUGAGCGACCCUACCCAGGCGCUCCAGUUCCGGGCGGGGCGCAAGGAACAGGGCCUUAGGCCGGCUAGGGGAGUUCUGGCCUGGGAAGAGGAAUGGCGGGAAUAGGGGCGGGUGUUACUAUUGGGGGCUGCCACUGCCUGGCGGGUCUGGACGCCGCCCUAGACGGUUUUUGCAGCUAGUCUGAGCUAAGCGGUUGAGACGACUAGGAAAAGAUCCCGCUCCCGUGUUGUGUAUGUGCGUCUGGAGUGAGGAGGAAAAUAACUGAACACCAGAAUCCCAGACUCUGCCUCUGUUGGGAGGUUGGGGAGUGUUAGGGGGUUGGCCGAAAGCUGGGGCCCAUUUCUUCCUUUACUUCUGGCUUUAAAGUUAAAGAAGAGGUGUUGCCUGAAGAGUGAUUCCUUGCCUAGAUCUCAGGGGAGCAGAGUACAAAGGCCUGUUGGAUCACCUGGGAAACCAAGAGAAUAAGGAGAGCUAGCUAGUGUUUUGUCCCGGAGAAGGCCCCACAAGUUCCAGACCCCUCUCCAGGCCCUGCCUGAGGUUUCCUUGUCUCUCUUAGGAUCAGUGGGGCAGUUCCUCUGAGACUGCGUUUCACAGGGAGUGUUAGCCUUGCCAUUUUGGCCUUGGGCCUAAUGCCCUGGCUUGGCCUGGGUCUCCAAUUUUUCUGGGCCAAGAAGAGGCUAAAUGCAAAAUUUUCUGAGGUGGGGGGCUCUAACCCUGCCCUGAAGUUCCGGCCUCUGCCUCCUUGCCUUCUGGUGACAACCAUGUUGCUGUGGGACAGCAAGUGGCUCAUGCGUGCGGAAGUGACUAGCUGUUGGUGUCCUUUCAGCCAUGGCUGCAAUCCGAAAGAAGCUGGUGAUUGUGGGUGAUGGUGCCUGUGGGAAGACCUGCCUUCUCAUUGUCUUCAGCAAGGAUCAGUUCCCAGAGGUCUAUGUCCCUACGGUCUUUGAGAACUACAUCGCAGACAUUGAAGUGGAUGGUAAACAGGUGGAGCUGGCUCUGUGGGACACAGCAGGGCAAGAAGACUAUGAUCGCCUGCGGCCUCUGUCCUACCCGGACACUGACGUCAUCCUCAUGUGUUUCUCCAUUGACAGUCCUGACAGCCUGGAAAACAUUCCUGAGAAGUGGACCCCGGAAGUGAAGCACUUUUGUCCCAAUGUGCCCAUCAUCCUAGUGGGGAAUAAAAAGGAUCUGAGGCAAGAUGAGCAUACCAGAAGGGAGCUGGCCAAGAUGAAGCAGGAGCCUGUUCGAUCUGAGGAAGGCCGGGACAUGGCAAACAGGAUCAGUGCCUUUGGCUACCUUGAGUGCUCAGCCAAGACUAAGGAAGGGGUGCGGGAGGUAUUUGAGAUGGCCACUCGGGCUGGCCUCCAGGUCCGCAAGAAUAAGCGCCGGAGGGGCUGUCCCAUUCUCUGAGUUUCCCAAGUCUCUCCAAUCCCCGCCCCCC